AGAAAACAAUUUCAAAGUUAUUAGGUGGUUAGGUGCAUGUGGUGUGUUUGUGUGAGGCUCAUCAGUCAUCACUGUCCAACCAACAACACACAAUAUUUUGAUACUAAUUACUCUAAUUCCAAAUUCUAAACCCUAAUCCUUCUUCUUCUUCUACCGAUUCUCUCCACAUCUUCUUAUCCUCCCUACAAACAAACCAUGGCUUCUGCGACCGCCACGUGGACACCUUCCUCCCUCCAGCUCCGUCUCGUUUUAAGCUCCGGCGUUCGCCGGAAUUCACGCGCCGUUUACUUACGACCAUCGCGAUUAGCUAGGAAUUCCGGUUAUGGAAUUGUCUGUGUUUCGCAGAAGCCUGGAGUUGAUGCGUGGACUGGAUCGGAUUCGUCAAAGUCGUCGGCUGAUAAUUUGGCUGGGUGGGAUGAUUCCGAUAACGAUGAUAAGAAGUCUUCUAGAGCUAAGAAGAAGAGUUUGAUUGAAGUUUGCUUUCAGGUGUAGUUGGUGCUGGAGUCGCUGGAAUCAUUUUGUUUCUUGGUCUAAGCUAUGCAGCAGCAUCUUUUAGCAAGCGAACAAAAAAACAGGAAAUGCAUUCGUUGACUUCUCAGCAGGAAAGCAUGGUUCAGUUAUCUGACGAAACUUCUAGUGAUGAGAUUAAGGUAGCUAACAGUGAGGAAAACAAUCUUAAGGACGAGGAUAAGAGUAUAGAAAGCAAUGAUGUAGCUCAGAAAAGUGAUGAAGGGUCUGGUGAAGAUAAAUUACUUGGUACCAAAACGUUGUCAGUUGAUGGUGUCAUGCUUGAUGAAGCGGAUGCCACUGAAAGUAUCCCCCAGAAUACGCCUGAAGCAGAUUUGAUAAUCAGUGUGGAAACUGAUCCUGAGACAGCAGAAAGUGAGAAAAUAAUUUCUGAAUCUAAGUCUCUGUUAGACUCAUCCACUGAGCCUAUUCUUCUAGAUGCAGAAAGUAGUAAUCUUGUGGGCGUGGAAAAUACAAAUUCUGAAGAUCCAGGGAGUCUCCCGAACACUGAACCAACCAAUGUGUCUGAUUUAGAAAAUCGUGUUAACAGUCAGAAGGAAGAUUCCCUGUCUUCUUUAUCUGACAUCGAUGCUUUUGCAGCCUCCGGGACUGUAACUGAGGAGCUUCCUGAGGUUUCUUCACAAUCAGAUUCGACCUCGAGUCCUCAAAUUGUGCCACUAAAUGACACGGAAACAGCAUUCUCGACUGGUGAAGAUCUUUCUGAGGUUAACGGAACGCCGGAGUACUUGGCCGCAGGAAGUAUGUCAUCAAUAUCGGACAUAGAUACAACCAAAGAAACUGAAUCUUCAAAUUCUCCUGAGCCAGAAUCAAUAGAUGGGUCAAAAGAUGAACUAAACAUAUAUAGUCAAGAUAAGCUUGACGACAACGGAACGCUUUUGGAAAUACCGAGUGGUGGAAGUGCAUUUUCUUCUGCAGGAAUUCCUGCACCUUUUAUGUCUGUUAUAGUUAAUCCUGGAAAGAUUCUUGUCCCCGCAGCUGUGGAUCAGGUUCAGUGUCAAGCAUUUGCAGCUCUACAAGUUCUGAAGGUCAUUGAAACUGACAUCCAACCUAGUGAUCUAUGUACUCGCAGAGAAUAUGCCAGGUGGUUGGUUUCUGCCAGCAGCGCUUUAUCAAGAAACACAACCUCAAAAGUGUAUCCUGCUAUGUAUAUAGAGAAUGUUACGGAGCUUGCUUUCGAUGAUAUUACUCCCGAAGACCCUGAUUUUUCAUCCAUUCAAGGGUUGGCAGAAGCAGGACUUAUCGCGAGCAAGCUUUCUAACCGUGAUUUGCUUGACGAUGUUAAGGGCACAUUCUUAUUUUCCCCUGAAAGCCUUCUUUCACGCCAGGAUCUUAUAAGCUGGAAAAUGGCCUUGGAGAAACGACAGCUUCCAGAAGCUGAUAAAAAGAUGCUGUAUAAACUCUCGGGUUUCAUUGACAUCGAUAAGAUAAACCCAGAUGCAUGGCCAGCCAUCAUCGCAGAUUUAUCGACUGGGGAACAAGGAAUUGCUGCCCUUGCAUUUGGUUGUACAAGAUUGUUUCAGCCUCAUAAACCGGUCACUAAAGGGCAAGCUGCCAUUGCUCUUUCAAGUGGUGAGGCAUCUGACAUUGUCAGUGAGGAAUUGGCACGUAUCGAAGCCGAAUCCAUGGCUGAAAAAGCUGUGUCUGCGCAUAACGCCCUCGUUGCAGAGGUCGAAAAGGAUGUCAAUGCCAGCUUUGAGAAGGAGCUCUCCAUGGAACGAGAAAAGAUUGAAGCAGUCGAGAAAAUGGCGGAACUGGCGAAAGUGGAGUUGGAGCAGCUGAGGGAGAAGAGAGAGGAAGAGAAUCUGGCAUUGGUGAAAGAACGAGCUGCGGUUGAGUCAGAAAUGGAGGUGCUCUCACGGUUAAGACGUGAUGCAGAAGAGAAGCUGGAGGAUUUGAUGAGUAACAAGGCAGAGAUAUCCUUUGAGAAAGAGAGGGCUCUCAACCUUCGAAAAGAGGCUGAAGAAGAGAGCCAGCGGAUUUCAAAGUUGCAGUAUGAAUUGGAAGUUGAACGAAAAGCCUUGUCCAUGGCCAGAUCGUGGGCCGAGGAGGAAGCUAAGAGAGCUAGAGAACAAGGAAAAGCCUUAGAAGAUGCUAGGAAGCGGUGGGAAACAAAUGGACUGAGAGUUGUUGUUGACAAAGACUUUCAAGAGACGAUCAGCGGAGAGACAGAACAAAGCAUAUUACUAAACGAUGUGGAGAGAUCCUCAGUUGAAGAAACCGAGGAGAGAGCUAAAACCCUGAUGGAUAAGCUUAAGGAGAUGGCUGGAACCGUGAUUGGAAAAUCCCGGGAAGUGAUCUUCCUUGUGAUGGAAAAAAUACGUUUAUGGAUUACAAUUUUGAAGGAAUAUGCAGUGAAUUUAGGGAAGCGAGCCGGGGAAAUGAGAGAUGCGGCCAUUGUUAAGGCGAAAGUAGCCGCGACAGAGGUUGAGAAAGGGACAGUUCAGCUGAGCGAUAAGGUGAAGAAAAUGGUUGACGAGUGUAGAGAUGGAGUUGGGAAGAUCUCUCAGAGGUUCAAAACCUAAAGUAACAGUCUUUUAACUUUUUGUAUCUUGUUUCUAAAUGAUAAAAAUAAAAGAGAAUAAUGGGAUGGCCAUUACAUUUACAGUAUUGGUCAGUGUUGAUCAGAAUUCAUAAUUGUAUCAUUUUGUAAUCUUUGUUAUGUGGUUACUAAUACUUACACUUCAGUGAGAUAUGUUAUAAUUGCCUUGGUACCUCA